AUGGAGAAAUCGACCGACUUUUCGCCGCCAUCUUCCCUGACCGAUACAGAGCGGAAGGGCGAGGUCGUGACUGUGACAGAUGGAAAUUCGGCGCUGGAAUACGAGCGCUUUCUUCACCUGGACAAUGUGUUCAACGGACCCGCAAAGAAGAAGCUCAUCAGGAAGUUGGAUGCACGCCUACUUCCAACACUGAGUUUUCUAUACCUGAUGUGCUCACUCGACAAGUCCAAUGCGGGCAAUGCAAAGCUGUUCGGUCUCCUUGAGGACAUCGGCAUGAAUGGUACACAGUACAAUCUAGCCUUGAUGUACUUCUUCUUCACCUAUGGCCUCUUCGAACCGGUAUCAAACAUCAUGCUUCGAAGAGUAGGUCCUAAGAUAUGGUUCCCAUUCAUUGUAUGUGCAUGGGGACUCAUCACAACUCUCACCUCACAAGCGCACUCCUAUGGCAGCUUUAUCGUUAUUCGUCUCAUGCUAGGAAUCACCGAGGCUGGACUUUAUCCAGGAGCUUAUUUCAUUCUAUCCAUGUGGUACACGCCCAAGGAGAUCGGUACGCGCAUGGCUAUUUUCUACGGUGCGAAUACAACCGCCGGUGCCUUUGGCGGUGUUAUUGCCUACGGUGUCGGAUACCUGGAUGGACAUCACGGUUGGAGAGCUUGGAGGUGGCUAUUCCUUAUUGAAGGGUGUAUCACCAUCUUUGCCGGCCUUGCUUGUCUGGUUUGCUUGCCCGCCUUUCCUCAUCAAUAUCGAGCUGGCAAAGGUACCAAAUGGCUCACUGACGAGGAACUUGAAUAUGCUUCUCUUCGCGUCAAGUAUGCUAACGGCCCGGUGACUUCCACUUAUGAAUUCCGCUGGAGUGAUGUGCUUUCAGCCGCAAAAGACCGGAAAACUUACUUCAUGAUGAUGUUGUUUUGGUGGGGUGGCUCCGUGCCUACAUACUCCCUGUCUUACACUCUGCCCACGAUGGUCAAAAACCUGGGAUAUACUGCAGUGAGAGCCCAGGUUAUGACCACGCCUCCUUACAUUUUUGCCACGUGUGUUUGUGUUGCUGUUGGGUACAUCAGCGAUCUAAAGCAGCGGCGGUACUUCUGUAUCAUGGGCGCAUAUUCUCUUGGCCUGAUUGGUAUUAUCAUCCUGUGGAUUACCGUGCACCAUCCUUCCAUUCCCGGUGUGAGCUACUUUGCAAUCUUCUUGGCUGCGGCUGGAUACUCGGCGCAAGCUCCAAUCGUUGGCGCAUGGACAAGCUCCAACAUCACCAAUCCAUCCAAGCGGGCCGCUGCCAUCGGUCUUCUGAUGCUGUUCGGCAGUGUGGGCGGUGGUAGUAUUGGAUCUAAUAUUUACAUCUCUAGCGAGGCACCUGUCUAUCCUCUAGGAUUUGGAUUCUCCGUUGGCGCGACUGUACUCGGAGCCAUGAUUCCUGCUACUGUGCACUGGUUUUUGAUGCGCAAGGAAAACAAGCGACGGGAUGGUUUGGAUGUUGAUGAAAUUGAGCGGACCUAUACUCCCGAACAGCUGGGAGAGAUGGGCGAAGAUAGCCCGUUGUUCCGAUUUGUACUUUAG